AUCAGAAGAACAGAUAUGGCAGUGCCAAAUAUGGUGUUCUCUGACGUGGAAAGUUUUCUGGACUCGCAUCCCGAGUUAUUCGAGGACUACCUGAGCAGAAAGGGGAAUUAUAGCAUGGUGGAGAAAUGGCUCAAGAAUCAUCAGGCGAGCAAAAGUCCGGCGGCUGCUGCUCCCGCCGAGCCGAGGGAAGAGAAGAGCAACGCUUGCAAGGACAGCUGGGCGAGCAAAUGUGACGGUCUGCAACGGAGAGCCUCGCAGAAGGAGCUGCGCAAAACUUUCGCCAGAUCAAAGGCCAUCAAUGUCAACAGGACAUACGACGAGCAUGUUAACUCAAGGGCCCAGGAGCCGCUGACGAGCAUGAGGAGGAGAGCUCUGCUGAGGAAAGCGAGCUCUCUGCCCCCGACCACUGCGCACAUACUGAGCGCACUGCUGGAGUCCAGAGUCAACAUCCCCCAGUACCCGUCCACAGCCGUGGAUUUUAAAUAUUACCUCAAAGAACACAACGAAAGAGAGUUUUUCCUGGAGCUUGUAAAAGACAUAUCUAACGACUUGGAUCUAACGAGUCUCAGCUACAAAAUCCUGGUGUUUGUUUGCAUUAUGGUGGAUGCAGACCGGUGCUCCUUGUUUUUAGUGGAGGGAACCGGAAACAAGAAAACACUAGUGUCCAAAUUCUUUGACGUGCAUGCAGGAACCACAGUUUUACCCUCAAUGAAUUCAGAUGAAGUUCAAGUUCCGUGGGGGAAAGGGAUCAUCGGGUACGUGGCUGAACAUGGAGAGACAGUGAACAUUCCGGACGCCUACCAGGAUCGUCGGUUCAGUGAUGAAAUUGACAAGCUAACAGGGUACAAGACAAAGUCUCUCUUGUGCAUGCCCAUUCGCAACAGUGACGGAGAGAUCAUUGGAGUUGCUCAGGCCAUCAACAAGACUUCGAGUGGAGAACUCUUCACUGAAGACGAUGAAAAGGUGCUGCAGAUGUACCUGCCAUUCUGUGGUAUUGCGAUCUCCAAUGCCCAGCUCUUUGCUGCCUCAAGGAAGGAGUAUGACAGGAGUCGGGCACUCUUGGAGGUAGUCAAUGACCUAUUUGAAGAACAGACUGACCUGGAGAAGAUUGUCAGGAAGAUCAUGCACCGUGCCCAGACGUUGCUGAAGUGCGAGCGCUGCUCUGUACAAUUGCUGGAGGACAUUGAGUCACCGGUGGUGAAGUUCACCAAGUCGUUUGAGCUUCUGUCCCCUAAGUGUAGUGCAGACACUGAAAACAGUUUCAAAGACAGUAUGGAGAAAUCAUCUUACUCAGACUGGCUCAUCAACAACAGUAUCGCAGAGCUGGUGGCAUCCACAGGACUGCCCGUGAACAUUAGCGACGCCUAUCAGGAUCCUCGCUUUGAUGCUGAGGCAGACCAGUUCUCGGACUUCCACAUCCGCUCUGUGCUUUGUGUUCCUAUAUGGAACAGCAACCACCAAAUCAUUGGUGUCGCUCAAGUGCUCAACAGGCUCGACGGGAAACCAUUUGAUGACGCAGACCAGCGUCUCUUUGAGGCGUUUGUGAUCUUCUGUGGACUGGGCAUCAACAACACCAUCAUGUACGACCAGGUGAAGAAGUCUUGGGCUAAGCAAUCUGUUGCUUUGGAUGUUCUGUCUUACCAUGCCACUUGCUCCAAGACUGAAGUUGACAAAUUCAAGGCUGCUAACAUUCCCUUGGUUUGUGAGCUGGGCAUCGAUAAGCUGUCCUUUGAUGAUUUCUCUCUGGAUGUUGACGCCAUGAUAACGGCUGCUUUGAGAAUGUUUAUGGAGUUGGGAAUGGUGCAGAAAUUCAAGAUCGACUAUGAGACACUGUGCAGAUGGCUGCUGACUGUCAGAAAAAACUACAGAAUGGUCCUCUACCACAACUGGAGACAUGCGUUCAACGUCUGCCAGUGCAUGUUUGCCAUGCUAACGACGGCGGGCUUCCAGGAGACUCUGACAGAGGUGGAGAUCUUAGCACUUAUUGUAGGUUGUGUGUGCCAUGACUUGGACCACAGGGGCACCAACAAUGCUUUUCAGGCCAAGACGGGCUCAGCCCUCGCUCUGCUUUAUGGGACCUCUGCUACGCUGGAGCACCACCACUUCAACCAUGCUGUUAUGAUCCUGCAGAGCGAGGGUCACAAUAUCUUCUCCAACCUCUCGUCCACAGAGUACAGCGACCUCAUGCAGCUGUUGAAACAGUCCAUUCUGGCCACAGACCUCACACUUUACUUUGAGAACAGAAACACCUUCUUUGAGCUGGUCAGCAAAGGAGAGUACAACUGGAACGUGAAGGCUCAUAGAGACAUGUGCAGAUCCAUGAUGAUGACAGCAUGUGAUCUUGGUGCCGUCACUAAACCUUGGGAAAUAUCACGCAAGGUGGCAGAGUUGGUGACCAGCGAGUUCUUCGAGCAGGGCGACAGAGAGAGAUCAGAGCUGAAGCUCACGCCCUCUGCCAUCUUUGAUCGAAACAGGAAGGAUGAGUUGCCAGGGCUUCAGCUGGAGUGGAUUGAUGGAAUUUGUGCGCCGCUGUACGAGACUCUGGUCAAGUUAAAUCCCAAACUCCAGCCGAUGCUUGACAUGAUCAAAGCUAACAGGGCCAAAUGGGAGGAACUGAACAAGAAGAGACAGCGUGGGCAGAGUGUCUCUGCGCCCGCGAGCCCAUGCAGUGGCGACAGCACAGAAACCAGUAGCUGCACUGUGGCCAAAACCGGCAGCACACCCUGCUGCAGCAGCGAUGCUGAUGGCACAACAUCUAAACCUGUUAGUUAGCUUCUGUUGCCACCUCCGAGCUGAUCUCUUAGGCUUAUACCCUCUUAAAUGCAGCCUGCAACAGAGGCAGUGCAGUGCAUGCAGAGGUUCUUGGGCUCUGCUCCUCUUCGCUUUUUGCUACUAGAGAUGAGCUUUAGACUUGAGUGCGGCGCUAUCAUAGAGGUUUUUCUGCUCCCCUCAGUCUUCCCAUGCUGAAGGCUGACAGAGCUGUGUUUGGCAAGCUUGUCGGAGCAGCUACAAAUCAGCUGAUGACACCAUGUCAGAAAGGAAACUCAAACCACUGUGUCAACAUGUCAACCAGUGAGCUAACACUAACUAUUUCGGGCAUUGCACAGAUUUUCGGCACAACAAGGCAUGAAGAAUAUUGGAGAGGAAUGUUUGCCUCUACUGUGGUUGGUUUUGCUCUCGGUACCUCCUCGUUGCUCGCAUUUUGUCUUGGGUAACAGAUAUUUUUUGUAAAUUUGUACAUAGGCUAUUGAGUUAUUUACAAGUGCUGUUUAAAAAAAACUGUAAGCUCUGGAUUGUAAUGUGGCUGUAGAGUUUCUGAAGGAGAAAGGGGUGCAGGAACAGCAGGACCUGUGACAGUGCUUGCAAUGCAAAUUGAGUGCUCCGCUCCCUCCCUUCCUGUGCCUUGUUUUAAGAUCCUAAUGAAAAAUGCAUGGCCUCCUCACCAAGAUUCUUAGAUAGUAUGGAAAUCCAUGUUGAACCAUGACGUAUUUUUGCCAUAAUUUGUAAAACCAAUGACUGCAGUUUUGUCUCAACCCCAUGUUAGCCACAAAACACUCACAUUAUAUACAUAUGGAAAUCUAUUUUGCCCAAUUUUAUAAACGCAGGGUCUCACGUGUCACACACACAAACACACACACAAUGUGCCUUGAUGAAGUUGUUCUGGUAUCACAUUAAUUUCUGCAGAAAAAACGAUUAUCUACUGAUUUCACACUGACAGCUGAAACAUAAAGCAAAGUGAUAUAACUCCUCACUAAACUACAUCUAAAGGAACAGAUCAUAAGUUUUGGAAAUAUGCUUACUUGCUUUCUGUUGAAGAGUCAGAUCAGAUCAAUCCCACUCUAAUGUCUCUCUGUUACAUGUUACAGCCAGGAGCCGGUUAGCUUAGCUUAGCAUAAAGACUGGAAACGGGGAAACAGAAAUGAAAUCUGCCUACUAGCAACUCUAAAACUCAUUAUUUAACACUUUAUCUCGUUUUGUUUUCAUCCAUACAAAACCAAAGUGAACAAAAGACUACUCACUGUUUUACAAAGGGUUAUGUGUUGGACAAUUUCUUGUCCAUGGCCAGUAAUUUCUUGCAGUCUCCACUGGUUGCCUUUAUCCAGGAAACAGUCUGGCAUAAGACAUAAGACAAGGUUUAAGACGCAAACCUUCAUAAAACACUGAAUAGUCAUUUUUACACAUCAGUUUUUGAACAUU